UACCUUUGCUUUAAUUUCAGGAAUUGUCAAAGAUAACUAUGCCUGUUGUAUUUAAUGAACCAAUCAGCUUUCUACAGAGAAUUACAGAGUAUAUGGAAUAUUCAGAGCUACUAGAAAAGGCCAGUACAUGUGAAGACCCUGUUGAUAGGUUAAAGUUUAUCUCGGCAUUUGCAGUGUCUGCUAUUUCAUCCAACUUUGAACGUUUAGGAAAACCAUUCAAUCCAUUAUUAGGAGAAACUUUUGAAUUUGAUAGGUCACUUUCUUGGUGCCGAGGACCAUUUUCUGAUCCAUUUCAAUUGAUUGCUCUUUGUUACCAAUAACGUCAAAGUUACUUUAAUUUCAGAAAGUUAUAUACGUAAAUCCUA